CUUGAUCGCCGUCAAUCUUCGUCCUCUUGCUACUAGAAACUUUUCUGAAGCAACCCUCAUUACUCUCUUACACGCUCUCGCUACUACCUAGUACCCGACUACGACUACCGUUUAUUAAUCUAGCUCGUCCUCCCACCAACCUCAACCUCCGACCGUUUUUGCUUACUCUCCCUCCGAUUCGCCUAGUAAAGCACGCCUCUCGACCCACCGACAGCGGUCAAUCCUCAAACCGCACCAAGUGCUUACAGCCCCCAAACCAGCCCAACUCCCGUCCAAGGAGGGAAGAAUCCUAUCACCCAGGAAAAAGAACAACUUGAAUCUUUCUGACCACAAACACCGAUCGUUUCACCCUCAACAAUCGUCAGCUCAAAGGGUCAAACCUCAAGUCGUUUCUUUUCAUUGUGCAAGGCUCUCUUCAUCUGCUGUCUCUACCUAACAAGCCUUUGAACAUUCGCUCUGAGCACCCCCGAGACCCUUCCCCGCAUUCGCAAAAUUUCCCAGGCACCGCCCGUUGCAGCUGCACACGGCACGGCAGAGUACUUGGUUCAGCUUCAGCUGAGUCGCAGUCUUCACACUCUCUUGUUGUCCUCGCCAUCAACAGUUGAAGCUCUGUAGAGCACACCAACACUCGCUAUGGUGUCGGCCGGUCGAAUUUGCUGUAUCACAGCACCCUUUCUGUUAUCGGUUGCGGUACUUAUCUGCGUGGUCCUCGUCUUCCUUGCGGGCAUCUACGACCGCAACAAGACGCUCAAUGACUUAUACUUUCUAAAGGUCGACCUGACCAACCUCACAUUAACGUUGGGCGACGUCUCGAGUGGCAAUAACUCGAUCUUAGAAGGGGCACUGCAACAGGCGAAAGAAACACUAGGGAUGAAUGACUACUAUACCAUCUAUCUGCGCAGCUACUGCCACUGGAAUAGCAAUCAAGACACGUACGCCAACUGCACGGAUCCCCAGGCAUAUUUCUGGUUCAACCCGAUCAAGGUCUGGCAUCUAAACGAUACUGGCGUCCCCGUGGACGAUUUCCUGCCCAAAGAGUUCCGCACGGGGCUGGACGCAUACAAGGCCGCAUCCAAGGCCAUCUUCUACCUGUACGCAGGAUCACUAGGCGCGGCUGCCAUCACCAUCCUGGUGGGUAUCUCUGCCAUCUUCUCACGCUGGGGAUCCUUCUUCACCACCUUCUGCGCCACGGCCAUGUGGAUUUUGUUGGUGGCCGCCUCCGUCACCGUCACCGUGGUCUACUCCCUCGUACGGACCGCCCUUAACAACACCCUCAAGGAUGACUACGGCAUCGAUUCCACUCUAGGCACUCGCGUCCUCGGCACCACCUGGCUCGGCGCCGCCUUUGCCCUUGCCGCUGGCUUCUUCUGGUUCUUCUCCGUCUGCUGCUGCAGCGGCCGCUCCCCUUACAAUAGCUCCGACAAAGAAGCUCGUCGUACCCGCGCCGAAAAGGGUCCUUACACCUACGAGCGAGUCGGCAGUCCCUAUCUUGGUCCUACCAACCAACAAAGCGUCCCUCUGACCGAUUUCGGUCCCGGGAAUGCCUAUCCCGCCCAGAGGGGUACCGCAUACGAACCUUUCAGACCUCAACAGGUAUGAUCGUGAUGAUUGGUGAUGGAACAUCUCUUCACCAUGUUCUCCUCAAGGCUCUUUGCUGGCUGGACGAGGCGAUGCAUCUGUCUAUGCACGCCCGCCUUAACGUUUCUGGUUGGGUUUUCUAUUUGAAUUGGCGUUAUUUUCUAUUGGAUGAGACAUGAGGAUGUACAAGGCGCAAGAAAAUCCGACGACAGGGUACAAUUAGCGUGAUAUCUGGUUGAGAAAUGAAACACCACAAAUGAUCUCAGGAUAGAAACCGACAAUGCAUACAUAGAAAGCGAUUUGGUAACAACCUGAAUCAGAAUUGUGACUUUUCUAUACA